AUGCUCGAAGAAGACAUCCACCUCAUCACCCAGCUGCCCCAGAAUGCCUGGUUCGAGGGGUUUGCCAUCCGGCCCAACGGCUACAUACUAGUGUCGCGGCUGGACGAGCCGGUCCUUUACACCUUUGACGCCGAGGACAGGGAAGCCGAUCCACAGGAGGUGCACACCUUCUCCGACGCCACCGGCCUCAUCAACCUGUGCCCGAUCCCGGGCCGAAACGACGAGUAUGCCGUCAUCAGCGGGAGGCCAGACAUAGACGCAAUGCAGUUCAACAACAUGGACUACACCGUGUGGCGCGUCGCAUUCACCUCAAAAACAGACUUCACCGUCACCAAGAUGGCGGACCUCGGCGACUACGGCUUUUCCAUCGGCAUCAUCCCGGCCAGCGAGCACACCCUCCUGGUGGCCGACACCUUCCUCAACCGCAUCUGCAGCCUGGACAUCGCCACCGGCGCCAGCACGGUGCUGGUCCAGGACCAGAGCAUGGCAGCGGUGGACGGGGCCCCCUUCGGGCUCAACCGGCUGCGCGUCGCCCUGGGGUUCGUGUGGUUCACCAACACCAGCGCGGGGACCCUCUGCCGCUUCCCAAUCUCCAUAGAGGGCCCCAAGGUCACGGCCACCGGCCCGGUGCAGGUCCUCUGCGACGACGUGGAGCACUGCGACGGCCUGGCCAUCGCCGCCGACGCGAGCGCCGCGUGGACCGCCAGCAUGUCCAACGACUGGCUGUGGCGGAUAGACCUCGACAAGGACGGCGACGACAUCAUCGCCAGCACGACGGUCGUCAAGGAGAACCUGUACAGCCCCACGGCGGUCGAGCCGUUCUAUGUCGGCGACACGCUGAGGCUGUACGUCGUGUGCAACGGGGACAGGGAGGAGCAGCAGGCGUGGAUCAAGAAGGGCGACUCGAACCCCUGGCCUGAUUUCCACAACGUCACGGUCACGGAGAGCGUAUCGGUGUCCGUUUCAAGGGGCGAAUGA